AUGCCGGCAUUCUCGUGUUCCUUUCCUGGCUGUCGCCGGGAUCUCCUGGUAAUAGUUUUGGUUUUGUUCGUGGGGGUUGCAUUACCUAUUGAAGCCUCUGCCCCUACACAUCCAUCGCAUGGGACUGAAGGCUCAUAUUUAACUAAUAUAACUAAUACUAAAAAGGCCUUUCCUGUACUUGCCGUAAAUUACGAGCACGUACGAAAGCCUUUUGAGAUCGCGCUAUGGAUCCUCCUCGCCUUAUUGAUGAAACUUGGUGAGUACCUGCCUUUGCUUUUGUCACGAUGUUACAGUGAUCCAUUGGGAAUGCCCCCUACUGCAUUCAUUGAUAUGAAUUGAUAUGACACUGUAUAAACCCCUCAACGUCACACUGCGUCAUGCAUCAUGACACUGCAGCUGUCUACUCAGGGGGUAUGAUGAUAACUUGAUUGAUAGCUUCAGACCCGUUCAAACAGGGUCAUUAUUGCAAUAUACUACAACUCAUCAAUUCAGACAGGAAUGUAAUGUUAUAAACAUACUACAGUUCCUGCCAAGAAGUUUGGACACAGGAGUUAGUAGACUUGCCCACCCUGUUACUAAUAACUUAAUUGGUGGCAGAAGUGGGAUGAUACCAUGAACGUACAAGUUAUCUGGUUCUUUAUGGCACAGGGUUGGGCUUGGAAGCCAUACUAUUACCAAUAAGUACAAUUUGCUGUUGCCAUACCCAUUGUUCCAGCCCUACUUUUGAUGCCUACACUGCAUCUUACCUUGGACUUUAUAUGCAAUUGUCCCUCUCACCAGUCAUCACUAGAAAUAGAUGCACAAGUUCCAUAAGAUUAGUGUAAUGGAAGACAUGGGGAUUAAACACUGCAUGACCUGGCAAACAUUUGAUUUGGAAAUUCAGAGAGUAGAUGGGUGUAGCUUGUUCUGCAUGCAUUUCCUGUGACUGUACUUUCUCUUUAAAAUAGGCUAAUGUUCGUCUCAGAAAAAGACAUACACACUACACAAAUAUUUCAUAUUAUAUUUCGUAUGCACAAAUGUCCCUAAUGGCACCAUAUUCUCUCUAUAGGGAAUAGGGUGCCAUUUAGGACGCAUACUAUAAAGGGAUCUUCCGUGUAGGUGUCGUGUCAGUUCGGAGUCAGUUUGCCGAGAUAGUGAUUGGCCGUGGGGCUUUCCCCUCCCUGUCUAUCUUUGGCCCAGCCCAAUAAGUGAAGCUGUUUUGGAUUUAUCUGCAGCAGCAGCUCUCUCCUCAGGGCCAGCCUGCCUUUCUGUACUCUGUGAUAACAGAAAGCGGAAAGGAGCUGGUGGGGGCUGAUGCAUACAGUGGCACAUACAGCAGAAUAACAAUUUCAUAACAGUGUUUGACAGCCAAGAGUCCUAGACCUCAAGUCAGCAGCAUACCCAUUUCAAACAGUGUCCUAGUCCUGAAAUCAGCCUCAUCGUUCAGUUAUCAUUGUUAUAAUGAAUGGUCUGUCCCUUGGGGGAUACGUACUGUUGGUGAGUUUCAAGUUUUAAUGUCACGUGCACAAAUACAGGGAAAUGCCUUUCUUGCAAGAACUUCUUGUGUGUUAUGUAGGGUUUUUGUGCUUCACACCCUUGGCCCAUCCCAGAUGUAGUAAAUUAUCAUGUUCCAGGACUCAGACAUACAUUAGGUCGGAGACCCUUGAGGGACUAGAGUUCUCCUGUUUAUAUCCACUUAUCCAGAUAUACAUUUCUUAGGGCUUCAGUUAUCUGCAGUUGCAGCACCAGCAUGGUUGACCUAUGACUAACAACUUGUGCAGUAGCAUGGUGUGUGUUGCCUAAAAUAGCGGCCUAAAAAAAGGCCUUUUACAUUUUUUAUGGGAGCUCAGAAUGACCGACAGUGAUGCACAACUAACUCAUUGCAGCAUUUAAUUCAUCCAAUAAUUAAGUGGUUAUAUGUGUACAGGGGCGCAACUUUGGUUUUAGAAGUGGGGGGGACAUAACUAUUAUUAUUAUUAUUAUUAUUAUUAUUAUUAUAUAUACAGUUGAAGUUGGAAGUUUACAUACACCUUAGCCAAAUACAUUUAAACUCAGUUUUCCACAAUUCCUGACAUUUAAUCCUAGUAAAAAUUCCCUGUCUUAGGUCAGUUAGGAUCACCACUUUAUUUUAAGAAUGUGAAAUGUCAGAAUAAUAGUAGAGAAUUAUUUAUUUCAGCUUUUAUUUCUUUCAUCACAUUCCCAGUGAGUCAGAAGUUUACAUACACUCAAAUAGUAUUUGGUAGCAUUGCCUUUAAAUUGUUUAACUUAGGCCAAACGUUUCGGGUAGCCUUCCACAAGCUUCCCACAAUAAGUUGGGUGAAUUUUGGCCCAUUCCUCCUGACAGAGCUGGUGUAACUGAGUCAGGUUUGUAGGCCUCCUUGCUCGCACACGCAUUUUCAGUUCUGCCCACACAUUUUCUAUAGGAUUGAGGUCAGGGCUUUGUGAUGGCCACUCCAAUACCUUGACAUUGUUGUCCUUAAGCCAUUUUGCCACAACUUUGGAAGUAUGCUUGGGGUCAUUGUCCAUUUGGAAGACCCAUUUGCAACCCAGCUUUAACUUCCUGACUGAUGUCUUGAGAUGUUGCUUCAAUAGAUCCACAUAAUUUUCCUUCCUCAUGAUGCCAUCUAUUUUGUGAAGUGCACCAGACCCUCCUGCAGCAAAGCACCCCCACAGCAUGAUGCUGCCACCCCCGUGCUUCACAGUUGGGAUGGUGUUCUUCGGCUUGCAAGCAUUUCCCUUUUUCCUCCAAACAUAACGAUGGUCAUUAUUGCCAAACAGUUCUAUUUUUGUUUCAUCAGACCAGAGGACAUUUCUCCAAAAAGUACAAUCUUUGUCCCCAUGUGCAGUUGCAAACCGUAGUCUGGCAUUUUAUGGCGGUUUUGGAGCAGUGGCUUCUUCCUUGCUGAGCGGCCUUUAAGGUUAUGUCGACAUAGGACUCGUUUUACUGUGGAUAUACAGUGGUGUGAAAAAGUGUUUGCCCCCUUCCUGAUUUCUUAUUUGUUUGCAUGUUUGUCACACUUAAAUGUUUCAGAUCAAACUAAUUUUAAUAUUAGUCAAAGAUAACACAAGUAAACACAAAAUGCAGUUUUGAAAUGAAGGUUGUUAUUAUUAAGGGAAAACAAAAUCCAAACCCACAUGGCCCUGUGUGAAAAACAACCUAAUAACUGGUUGGGCCUCCCUUAGUAGCAACAACUGCAAUUAAGCGUUUGCGAUAACUUGCAAUGAGUCUUUUACAGCGCUGUGGAGGAAUUUUGGCCCACUCAUCUUUGCAGAAUUGUUGUAAUUCAGCCACAUUGGAGGGUUUUCGAGCAUGAACUGCCUUUUUAAGGUCAUGCCACAGCAUCUCAAUAGGAUUCAGAUCAGGACUUUGACUAGGCCACUCCAAAGUCUUCAUUUUGUUUUUCUUCAGCCAUUCAGAGGUGGACUUGCUGGUGUGUUUUGGAUCAUUGUCCUGCUGCAGAACCCAAGUUCGCUUCAGCUUGAGGUCACAAACAGAUGGCCGGACAUUCUCCUUCAGGAUUUUUUGUUAGACAGCAGAAUUCAUGGUUCCAUUUAUCACAGCAAGUCUUCCAGCUACUAAAGCAGCAAAACAGGCCCAGACCAUCACACUACCACCACCAUAUUUUACUGUUGGUAUGAUGUUCUUUUUCUGAAAUGCGAUGUUACUUUUACGCCAGAUGUAAUGGGACACAUACCUUCCAAAAAGUUCAAAUUUCGUCUCGUCAGUCCACAGAGUAUUUUCCCAAAGGUCUUGGGGAUCAUCAAGAUGUUUUCUGGCAAAAAUUAGACGAGCCUUAAUGUUCUUUUUGCUCAGCAGUGGUUUUCGUCUUGGAACUCUGCCAUACAGGCCGUUUUUGCCCAGUCUCUUUCUUAUGGUGGAGUCAUGAACACUGACCUUAACUGAGGCAAGUGAGGCCUGCAGCUCUUUGGAUGUUGUUGUGGGGUCUUUUGUGACCUCUUUGAUGAGUCGUCGCUGCGCUCUUGGGGUAAUUUUGGUUGGCCGGCCACUCCUGGGAAGGUUCAUCACUGUUCCAUGUUUUCGCCAUUUGUGGAUAAUGGCUCUCACUGUGGUUUGCUGGAGUCCCAAAGCUUUAGAAAUGUCUUUAUAACCUUUUCCAGACUGAUGGAUCUCAAUUACUUUCUUUCUAAUUUGUUCCUGAAUUUAUUUGGAUCUCGGCAUGAUGUCUAGCAUUUGAGGAUCUUUUGGUCUACUUCACUUUGUCAGGCAGGUCCUAUUUAAGUGAUUCCUUGAUUGAGAACAGGUGUGGCAGUAAUCAGGCCUGGGUGUGGCUAGAGGAAUUGAACUGAGGUGUGAUAAACCACAGUUGAGUUGUGUUAUAACAGGGGGGGCAAUCACUUUUUCACACAGGGCCAUGUAGGUUUGGAUUUAGUUUUCCCUUAAUAAUAACAACCUUCAUUUCAAAACUGCAUUUUGUGUUUACUUGUGUUAUCUUUGACUAAUAUUUAAAUUUGUUUGAUAAUCUGAAACAUUUAAGUGUGACAAACAUGCAAACAAAUAACAAAUCAGGAAUUUCCUCCAGCAUCUUCACAAGGUCCUUUGCUGUUGUACUGGGAUUGAUUUGCACUUUUCGCACCAAAGUACGUUCAUCUCUAGGAGACAGAACGUGCCUCCUUCCUGAGCGGUAUGAGGCUGCGUGGUCCCAUGGCGUUUGGAAAUUGGAGGAUGAACCAGACUUGUGGAGGUCUACUAAUUUCUUUUGAUUUUCCCAUGAUGUCAAGCAAAGAGGAACUGAGUUUGAAGGUAGGCCUUGAAAUGCAUCCACAGGUACACCUCCAAUUGACUCAAAUGAUGUCAAUUAGCCUAUCAGAAGAUUCUAAAGCCAUGACAUUAUUUUCUGGAAUUUUCCAAGCUGUUUAAAGGCACAGUCAACUUAGUGUAGGUAAACUUCUGACCCACUGGAAUUGUGAUACAGUGAAUUAUAAGUGAAAUAAUCUGUCUGUAAACAAUUGUUGGAAAAAUUACUUGUGUCAUGCACAAAGUAGAUGUCCUAACCAACUUGCCAAAACUAUAGUUUGUUAACAAGAAAUGUGCGGAGUGGUUGAAAAACGAGUUUUAAUGACUCCAACCUAAGUGUAUGUAAACUUCCGACUUCUUCAACUGACAUCAAAACUAUGAAAUAACACAUGGAAUCAUGUAUUAACCAAAGAAGUGUUAAACAAAUGAAAAUAUAUUUUUGAUUUUAGAUUCUUCAAAGUUGCCACCCUUUGCCUUGAUGUCAGCUUUGCACUCUUGGCAUUCUCUCAAUCAGCUUCAUGAGGUAGUCACCUGGAAUGCAUUUCAAUUAACAGGUCUGCCUUGUUAAAAGUUAAUUUGUGGAAUUUAUUUCCUUCUUAAUGCGUUUGAGCCAAUCAGUUGUGUUGUGACAAGGUAGGGGUGGUAUACAGAAGAUAGCCCUAUUUGGUAAAAUACCAAGUCCAUAUUAUGGCAAGAACAGCUCAAAUAAGCAAAGAGAAAUGAUAGUCCAUCAUUACUAUAAGACAUGAAGGUCAGUUAAUACGGAACAUUUCAAGAACUUUGUUCUUCAAGUGCAGUCGCAAAAACCAUCAAGCGCUAUGAUGAAACUGGCUCUCAUGAGGACCGCCACAGGAAAGGAAGACCCACAGUUACCUCUGCUGCAGAGGAUAAGUUCAUUAGAGUUACCAUCCUCACAGAGUUCAAGUAACAGACAUCUCAACAUCAACUGUUCAGAGGAUCAUGCCUUCAUGGUCGAAUUGCUGCAAAGAAACCAGUACUAAAUGACACCAAUAAGAAGAAGAGACUUGCUUGGGCCAAGAAACACGAGCAAUUAGACCGGUGGAAAUCUGUCCUUUGGUCUGAUGAGUUGAAAUUUGAGAUUUUUGGUUCCAACCGCUGUGUCUUUGUGAGACGCAGAGUAGGUGAACAGAUGAUCUCUGCAUGUGUAGUUCCCACCAUGAAGCAUGGAGGAGGAGGUCUGAUGGUGUGGGGGUGCUUUGCUGGUGACACUGUCAGUGAUUUAUAUAGAAUUCAAGGCACACUUAACCAGCAUGGCUACCACAGCAUUCUGCAGCGAUACGCCAUCCCAUCUGGUUUGCGCUUAGCGGGACUAUCAUUUGUUUUUCAACAGGACAAUGACCUAAAACACACCUCCAGGCUGUGUAAGGGCUAUUUGACCAAGAAGGAGCGUGAUGGAGUGCUGCAUCAGAUGGCCUGGCCUCCACAAUCACCCGACCUCAACCCAAUUGAGAUGGUUUGGGAUGAGUUGGACCGCAGAGUGAAGGAAAAGCAGCCAACAAGUGCUCAGCAUAUGUGGGAACUCCUUCAAAACUGUUGGAAAAACAUUCCAGGGAACUACCUCAUGAAGCUGGUUGAGAGAAUGCCAAGAGUGUGCAAAGCUGUCAUCAAGGCAAAGGAUGGCUACUUUGAAGAAUCUCAAAUAUAAAAUAUAUUUUUUGGUUACUACAUGAUUCCAUAUGUGUUAUUUCAUAGUUUUGAUGUCUUCACUAUUAUUCUACAAUGUAGAAAAUAGUAAAAAUAAAGAAAAACCCUGGAAUGAGUAGGUGUGUCCAAACUUUUGUCUGUUACUGUAUAUAUUUUUUUAUCCAAUCGGAUAAACACUCAAAACCUACCUGACCGCUCGGAGGCGUCCACAUGGUCCUAAAGCACACCGUUGCCGCGUUUUGUAUCACAUUCCAAUGAUAAAACUGGGGGGGACACAAAUGCAAUUUCAGAAUUGUCCCCAGUGAAAGUUGUGCCCCUGUAUGUGUAUACUGUGAACUUAAAAUACCUACAGUCGUGGUCAAAAGUUUUGAGAAAGAUAAACGAGCCUAAAUGGACACUUAUGUUCACGUGCCUCUUUUGAAAAGUGCCUAACUAUUGCGUAAAUGCCUCAAGCUACUCUAUCUGCACUAAACUCAGUGAGGAAGGAAAUGGGAGCCUAGAUUGUGAUUCAAUUCGGUUCUUGCCAAAUUCAUAUCUACAAAUUACCAUUAACAUUUAUCAAAUCAAUCCACAUUUCCUGAGCUGUCACAUUAAAUUGAGUUAAUGAUCAAGCAUAUUACAUUGAGUUAAUGAUCAAGCAUAUUACAUUGAGUUAAUGAUCAUGCAUAUUACAUUGAGUUAAUGAUCAUGCAUAUUACAUUGAGUUAAUGAUCAUGCAUAUUGAUGAAAGUGUGUGGUUAGGCACUAAAAUGCCUAACGCACUAUGUAGCCUAAUUCUCAUACACUCACAUGCACACACACAUUAUUUUUGUAUUUUUGUGUGUGUGAUUACUGAUAAAUUAAUUUAUACAUUUAUAAUUAGUAGGUUUUGUUAUCUGUAUUAAUAAACGUAUAUAUGUACAGUCGUGGUCAAAAGUUUUGAGAAUGACACAAGUAUUGGUCUUCACAAAGUUUGCUGCUUCAGUGUUAUGAGAUAUUAUUUAUCAGAUGUUACUAUGGUAUACUGAAGUAUAAUUACAAGCAUUCCAUAAGUGUCAAAGGCUUUUAUUGACAAUUACAUUAAGUUUAUGCAAAGAGUCAAUAUUUGCAGAGUUGACCCUUCUUUUUCAAGACCUCUGCAAUCCGCCCUGGCAUGCUGUCAAUUAACUUCUGGGCCACAUCCUGACUGAUGGCAGCCCAUUCUUGCAUAAUCUGGGGCGGCAGGUAUCUUAGUGGUUAAGAGCGUUGUGCCAGUAACCGAAAGGUCGCUGGUUCUAAUCCCCGAGCCAACUAGGUGAAAAAUCUGUCCAUGUGCUCUUGAGCAAGGAACUUAACCCUAAUUGCUCCUGUAAGUCGCUCUGGAUAAGAGCGUCUGCUAAAUGACCAAUUUAUUUUAUUUAUUUAUCAAUGCUUGGAGUUUGUCAGAAUUUGUGGGUUUUUGUUUGUCCACCCGCCUCUUGAGGAUCGACCACAAGUUCUCAAUGGGAUUAAGGUCUGGGGAGUUUCCUGGCCAUGGACCCAAAAUGUCGAUGUUUUGUUCCCCGAGCCACUUAGUUAUCACUUUUGCCUUAUGGCAAGGUGCUCCAUCAUGCUGGAAAAGGCAUUGGUUGUCACCAAACUGUUCUUGGAUGGUUGGGAGAAGUUGCUCUCGGAGGAUGUGUUGGUACCAUUCUUUAUUCAUGGCUGUGUUCUUAGGCAAAAUUGUGAGUGAGCCCACUCCCUUGGCUGAGAAGCAACCCCACACAUGAAUGGUCUCAGGAUGCUUUACUGUUGGCAUGACACAGGACUGAUGGUAGCGCUCACCUUGUCUUCUCCGGACAAGGUGUUUUCCGGAUGCCCCAAACAAUCGGAAAGUUGAUUCAUCAGAGAAAAUGACUUUACCCCAGUCCUCAGCAGUCCAAUCCCUGUACCUUUUGCAGAAUAUAAGUCUGUCCCUGAUGUUUUUCCUGGAGAGAAGUGGCUUCUUUGCUGCCCUUCUUGACACCAGGCCAUCCUCCAAAAGUAUUCACCUCGCUGUGCAUGCAGAUGCACUCACACCUGCCUGCUGCCAUUCCUGAGAAAGCUCUGCACUGGUGGUGCCCCGAUCCCGCAGCUGAAUCAACUUUAGGAGACGGUCCUGGCGCUUGCUGGACUUUCUUGGGCGCCCUGACGCCUUCUUCACAACAAUUGAACCUCUCUCCUUGAAGUUCUUGAUGAUCCGAUAAAUGGUUGAUUUAGGUGCAAUCUUACUAGCAGCAAUAUCCUUGCCUGUGAAGCCCUUUUUGUGCAAAGCAAUGAUGACGGCACGUGUUUCCUUGCAUGUAACCAUGGUUCAUAGAGGAAGAACAAUGAUUUCAAGCACCACCCUCCUUUUAAAGCUUCCAGUCUGUUAUUCUAACUGAAUCAGCAUGACAGAGUGAUCUCCAGCCUGUGUUAAUGAGAGAAUCACUGACAUGAUGGCAGCUGGUACUUUUGUGGCAGGGCUGAAAUGCAGUGGAAAUGUUUUUUGGGGGAUUAAGUUCAUUUUCAUGGCAAAGAGGGACUUUAAUUGCAAUUCAUCUGAUCACUCUUCAUGACAUUCUGGAGUAUAUGCAAAUUGUCAUCAUCAAAACUGAGGCAGCAGACUUUGUGAAAAUUAUUAUUUGUGUCAUUCUUAACUUUUGACCAUGACUGUAUAUCCACUUCUACAGGCACAGUCUUUUACACAAUGUAUUGCACAUCUGAAGACAAUUGCAACAGAGGCUAUAUCAACAUAGGGAGGAAAUUGCCACACCAUUCUUGCCUGGAUACGGCAAUGUCGUAGUAACAAACCCACUGUCCUACUACUGACCCAGACUCGUAUUCAUAAAGCAAAAACAAAUAAAAGUAAAAGAUCUAGGACCAGCUUUGCCUUUUAGAUCAUAAUGAAUAAGAUUACAUGGACAGGGGGGACCUGAUCCUAGAUCAGCACUCCUACUCUGAGACAUUUUUUGAAUAAGGUCCCUGGUGUACUGCCGACAGAUAUGUCUUUAUACUAACAUUAACUUCCUCAUCUCCCCAUUUAGGUUUCCAUCUGAUCCCGCGUCUGUCAGGUGUGGUCCCAGAGAGCUGCCUGCUGAUCGUGGUAGGGCUGCUAGUGGGGGGGCUCAUCAAGGUGAUCGGAGAGGAGCCCCCAGUACUGGACUCACAGCUCUUCUUCCUGUGCCUCCUCCCUCCCAUCAUCCUCGAUGCUGGCUACUUCCUGCCGAUCCGGCCCUUCACAGAGAACGUGGGCACCAUCUUGGUGUUUGCAGUGAUAGGUAACUAAGCACUGACUGCUAAGCACUUUAUUCCUCCAGUGCAAUUUGUAUACAGAUGUAUUUAGUGAUAUGUAUUUGGUACUUUUAUAAUUCAUGUUAUCAUGACAUAUUAUGUGUAGUUAAACUGCCGCAACCCAAUUUCCUUGCCUGGACCCAGAUCUGUUUGUGCUAUCAUGUCAAACUCCUUGUCAUGCCAUGGGUAUUAUAAUAAUAAUAAUACUACUACUACUACUAGUGAAAAUUCUAUCAAAUAAUUCAGCCAUCGCUGGUAUUGAUACCAUGUAAUAUCGCUAUAUUGAAAUAAACCAUUGUCCGUGUCCGAAAUAUGGCUUGCCUACUACUUACUUAAACUGCAUACUGUGUAUACUAAUCAUAGUAUACACUGUUUAGUAAAAAACUAAUGGAGUAAGCAACAAAUAUCAACAUUCUAGGCUCAUCCUACUGAGAAUGUGUCAUCUAAUGCGCAAUGGCCUUGAUUCCCGCCAUUCGUUCGUUUUGGUACAGGGCGUCCCCUCAGCUAAUUUAUCAGCUGUUGCCAAACACACAUGGGACUCGAAAUACCAUUCUCUUCCUCAAUAGUGUGCUACGAAUUCUACUGGAUGAAAAGCCAAAAUGAGCUGGCAUUUAAAGCAUACUAAAUGUUAGAAUUUCACAUACUAUAAAAGUUACUUUUUUCUCAUACCCAAAAUGCCUACGAUUUAGAACGCAAGUACAGGUAUUCGGACACGGCCAUUCUCUUUCUAUCUCUUUCAAGGUACCCUGUGGAAUGCCUUCUUUAUGGGGGGCUUGCUGUAUGCCUUGUGCCAGAUCGAGAGCGUCGGUCUGAGCGGAGUUGACCUGCUGUCCUGCCUGCUCUUCGGCUCCAUCGUGUCGGCAGUGGACCCCGUGGCCGUGCUGGCUGUGUUCGAGGAGAUCCAUAUCAACGAGCUGGUUCACAUCCUGGUGUUUGGGGAGUCCCUUCUCAAUGAUGCUGUCACAGUGGUGAGUGUUAAGGAAGGGCUCUCCAACCAAGGUGCAUGAAUUGAGUAGCAAACUGAAGUAGAGAGUAAAUUCAGCAACUAUAAAAGGGCAGUGGAUUGAUAAAACCAGCGCGCUUCGGCCGUUAGCCUUCAUCAGGGUUAUUUGUCACAGUGGUGAGUGCAGAUGGGGACGAAUCAAACUAGAGGCCAAAUACUGUUAGUUCACUCAGUUGCUGCCUUUGUGUUUCUGUGUACAAUGUUGGCUUGCUUCCAUCAACUCAAGUUAACAUGACGGGAUCUGUUUUGUUACUUUAUUCCCAUGCCAGCUGUGUAAAUUCAGUGUUCAUUUCCAGACCCGUGGCUAACGCCACCAGCCACCCCGCUUAACAGGCAGUCAGUGUUCUCACAGCUGAGGAGAAUGAGCAUAAUCCAUUUUCCAUUAACCAUGACGGUGCACUGUCCUCUCUGCUAGCGGCUAAAAGACCAAGUCCAUAUUAUGGCAAGAACACACAAUAUAUAUAAAAGUAUGUGGACACCCAUUCAAAUUAGUCGAUUCGGCUAUUUCAGCCACACCCGUUGUUGACAGGUGUAUAUAAUCGAGCACACCGCCAUGCAAUCUCCAUAGACAAACAUUGGCAGUAGAAUGGCCUAACUGGUGAGCUCAGUGACUUUCAACGUGGCACCGUCAUAGGAUGCCACCUUUCCAACAAGUCAGUUCGUCAAAUGUCUGUCCUGCUAGAGCUGCCCCGGUCAACUGUAAGUGCUGUUAUUGUGAAGUGGAAACGUCUAGGAGCAACAAUGGCUCAGCCGGAAAGUGGUAGGCCACACAAGCUCACCGAACGGGACUGCCGAGUGCUUAAGUGCGUAGCUCGUAAAAAUGGUCUGUCCUUGGUUGCAACACUCACUACCGAGUUCCGAACUGCCUCUGGAAGCAAUGUCAGCACAAUAACUAACUGUUCGUCGGGAGCUUAAAGAAAUGAGUUUCCAUGACCGAGCAGCUGCACACAAGCCUAAGAUCACCAUGUGCAAUGCCAAGCAUCGGCUGGAGUGGUGUAAAACUUGACGCCAUUGGAAAUACGUUCUCUGGAGUAAUGAAUUCACCAUCUGGCAGUCUGACGGACGAAUUUGGGUUUGGCGGAUGCCAGGAGAACGCUACCUGCCCAAAUGCAUAGUGGAGGAGGAAUAAUGGUCUGGGGCUGUUUUUCAUGGUUUGGAUUAGGCCCCUUAUUUCCAGUGAAGGGAAAUCUUAAUUCUGUGCUUCCAACUUUGUGGCAAAGGUUUGGGGAAGGCCCUUUCCUGUUUCAGCAUGACAAUGCCCCUGUGCACAAAGCAAGGUCCACACAGAAAUGGUUUGCGUAGGUUGGUGUGGAAGAACUGGCCUGCACAGAGCCCUGACCUCAACCCCAUCAAACACCUUUGGGAUGAAUUGGAACACCGACUGCGAGCCAGGCCUAAUCGCCCAACAUCAGUGCCUGACCUCACUAAUGCUCUUGUAGCUGAAUGGAAGCAAGUCCAUUCAAUGUUCCAACAUCUAGUGGAAAGCCUUCCCAGAAGAGUGGAGGAUGUUAUAGCAGCAAAGGGGGGGGGGGGGACCAACUCCAUGUUAAUGCCCAUGAUUUUGGAAUGAGAUGUUCGACGAGCAGGUGUCCACAUACUUUUGGUCAUGUAGUGUAGAUGGCAUUUGGCUGUGGCUCACUCACCGGCUAACUGUAUGUGUAAACAUACAUUAAUAGAUGCCGAAUGUCAGUUUAGGUGCUUUUGGCAGGUGUAGAUAUUACUCAGCCAAAUGGCUCUGACUCUAUGCCAACCCAGCCCACUGAUUCAGCUAUCACCCAAACAGAGGCGGAUGUUAGUUUAAUGGAGCAGUAAUGCAAUGGGAGGGUAUUUACUGCCUGGCGGUGAUAAUGGCCUCAGUGUUCCAAAAGACUGAGUAGCUGAGAGGGACUGAUGCCAGCUUGGGUACAUCCCAAAUGGCACCCUAUUCCCUACAUAAUGCAACCACUACUGGUCAAAAGUAGUGCACUGUAUACUACGAAUAAGGUGCCAUUUGGGACUCAACCCUAGUAUCUGGCAAUUGUCUGAAGGAUACCAUUUAGAUAGUACACAUGUUGUUUACAUACCAUGUAUAAUCAUGUUACCAUUCAACCAAUAGGUCAAGUGAAGCAAAUGGAUAAUGUGUCUCAGCAUAACAAGGGUGUAUGGAUAUACUGGUGUAGUGGUUAGGAGACCCUUGGCUUGAAAUCACGACUGAUCAAGGAUAACGUGAAGCAGAAUCAAAUCGACAACUGUAGCUAAAUCUAGUUGAUAGAAUAUUGCUAUGUACUGGACAUAUAGCCUGUGUCCCAAAUGGCACCCUAUCCCCUAUGUAGGGUGCCAUUUGAGACUCACACAUAGAUCUCUGUGAAUUUCCACUGACCCCUCCUUCGUCCCUCCAUGCAGGUUCUGUACAACCUGUUUGAGGAGUUCUCCAAAGUGGGGACGGUCACCGUAUUGGAUGUGUUCCUAGGCGUGGUGUGUUUUUUCGUGGUGUCCCUAGGAGGGGUCCUGGUGGGGGCCAUCUACGGCUUCUUGGCAGCCUUCACCUCUCGUUUCACCUCUCACACCCGUGUCAUCGAACCCCUCUUCGUCUUCCUCUACAGCUACAUGGCCUACCUCUCCUCCGAGAUGUUCCAUCUCUCUGGUAUCAUGGCGUAAGUAGCUAUUUGACAGAGAACAGAUGUGUAUUGAUAAGGAGAUGGGACACUAUUCGGUUGUGAAUGGAGCAUUAUGGUUACUGUAGUACAUCAUGCUACAAGUUGAACUGACAAAUGAACAUGAAGUUACAUUGAAAAUCGUCUUGUACUCCCUUCCGUAGUUUGAUAGCAUGUGGGGUUGUGAUGCGGCCGUAUGUGGAGGCCAACAUAUCCCACAAGUCCUACACAACCAUUAAGUACUUCCUGAAGAUGUGGAGCAGCGUGAGCGAGACGCUCAUCUUCAUCUUCCUGGGCGUGUCCACUGUGGCAGGGCCGCAUGCCUGGAACUGGACCUUCGUCAUCACCACCGUCAUCCUCUGUCUGGUGUCACGAGUACUGGGUCAGUAUUAUGCAAAAUGCUAAAUCUUUAAAGAUUUCCAUAAAAGUUACAGUAAAACAGAUUAAAUAAAAAUUCUGAAUAAAAUGUUAAAAAACUAAAUGUAAAUACACUAACGUUAAAGUAUAACUUUUUUCAUCUGUUUCAUUUUUACUUGGGGAAAAAUGCAUUUUAUUGUAUUUAUUUUAUCUGUCUGUGUAUUUCAGGAGUGAUUGGCCUUACGUUCAUCAUAAACAAAUUCCGGAUUGUCAAGUUGACCAAAAAGGACCAGUUCAUUGUGGCCUACGGUGGCCUGCGAGGGGCCAUAGCUUUCUCCCUGGGAUACCUGCUGUCAAAUAGUCACCAAAUGAGGAACUUGUUCCUGACAGCCAUCAUCACUGUCAUUUUCUUCACUGUGUUUGUGCAGGUGAGGCGGACAAUCUGAAUGAUGCUCUAAAGCAGUGCUUCCCAACUCCAGUCCUCCAGUACCCCCAACAGCACACCUUUUUGUUGUAGCCCCGGACAAGCACACCUGAUUCAACUUGUCAACUAAUCAUCAAGCCCUCAAUGAGUUGAAUCAGGCGAGUUUGUCCGAGGCUACAGCAAAAACGUGCUGUUAGGCAGUGGUGGAAAAAGUACCCAAUUGUCAUACUUGAGUAAAAGUAAAGAUACCUUAAUAAAAAAUUACUCAAGUAAAAGUCACCCAGUACAAUACUACUUGAGUAAAAGUCUAAAAGUAUUUGGGUUUAAAUGUACUUAAGUAUCAAAAGUAAAAGGAUAAAUAAUAUACAAUUCCUUAUAUUAAGCAAGCCAGACGGCACAAUUUUUGUUGUAUUUUUUUUUUUUUUACGGAUAGCCAGGGGCACUCCAACAAUCAGAAAUAAUUUACAAACAAAGCAUUUGUAUUUAGUGAGUCCGCCAGAUCAGAGGCAGUAAGGAUGACCAGGGAUGUUCUCUUAAUAAGUGUGUGAAUUGGGCAAUUGUCCUGUCCUGCUAAGCAUUCAAAAUGUAAUGAGUACUUUUGGGUGUCAGGGAAAAUGUAUGGGGUAAAAAGUACAAUAUUUUCUUUACGAAUGUAAUGAAUUAUAAGUAAAAGUUUUCAGAAAUAGUAAUGUACAGAUACCCCAAAAAAUGACAUAAGUAGUACUUUAAAGUACUUUUCCUUAAGUACUUUACACCACUGUUGUUGGGGGUACUGGAGUUGGGAAAUACUGCUCUAAAGCGCAGGUGUCAAACUCAUUCCAUGUAGAGCCGAGUUUCUGCGGUUUUUGCUCCUCCCUUGUACUUGAUUGAGCAAUUAAGGUCACUGAUUCGUUAGGAACUCCCCACACCUGGUUGUCUGGUUCUUAAUAGGACACAACUUGAAAUUCAAGGAAAUAACAAAAAUCAACAGACGCUUGCCCCUCCAUGUAAUGAGUUUUGACAGCCCUGCUCUAAAGUUCAAACAGUCCUUGUCUCUGCUCCAAAAUGUUACUGUAUAUCUCUGAGAGUGUGAAACGGCACACUUUGAACUGCUAGUAUAGACAAGGUUCACUUGACAACUAACUACUGCUUUUCUGGGUGUUUUCAGGGCAUGACAAUCAGGCCGCUGGUUGAGCUACUUGCUGUGAAGAGGAAGAAGGAGAGCAAGCCUUCCAUCAACGAGGAGAUUCACACAGAGGUAAUCUCGAAAACCCAGAACCAAAAUCUUGCGUAACUGCAUCACCUAUUUAUGUUACGCACGUCUUUCCACUAGAGAUUACACACGGGUGACGAGCAGUAUUAUUAUAGUGUAGUAUGGGUCCUUACAUAGUACACUAAAGUUACUGCAUGGUUAAUCAGAUAGACUUUGUAAACACUCCUUUUCUCUCUUAGUUCCUGGACCAUCUCCUCACAGGCGUUGAGGGUGUCUGUGGGCAUUAUGGGCAUUAUCACUGGAAGGAAAAGUAUGGAUGCCAUUGUGAAAUAAACAUAUUAAAGGGAUUGAUAUCGUUUUUUGGGCUGGAAUAAAGCAGCCAUUUUAUUCUUCACACAUCAUGAAGUCUCUUCCUCUUUAUCUAUCUCCAUCUUUCUCUCUCUCCAUCCAUCUCCCGUUCUUUCUGAUUUUUCCCUCUUUCCAUUCCUCUACUCUCCUCAUGUCAGGCUUAACCGCUUCAACAAGACCUACGUGAAGAGGUGGCUUAUAGCGGGCGAGAACUUUAAGGAGCCUGAGUUGAUCGCCUUCUACCGCAAGAUGGAGCUGAAGCAGGCUAUUAUGCUGGUGGAGAGUGGCCAGCUGCCCUCUGCUCUGCCCUCCACCAUCUCCAUGCAGUAAGUAUUGGCUCCUAUUUCUGUUUGUUUAACAUUGCGAUUUUAUUUUAUUUUAAUAUACAGUGAGGGAAAAAAGUAUUUGAUCCCCUGCUGAUUUUGUACGUUUGCCCAUUGACAAAGAAAUUAUCAGUCUAUCAUUUUAAUGGCAGGUUUAUUUGAACAGUGAGAGACAGAAUAACCCCCAAAAAAUCCAGAAAAACGCAUGUCAAAAAUGUUAUAAAUUGAUUUGUAUUUUAAUGAGGGAAAUAAGUAUUAUACCCCCUCUCAAUCAGAAAGAUUUCUGGCUCCCAGGUGUCUUUUAUACAGGUAACGAGCUGAGAUUAGGAACACACUCUUAAAGGGAGUGCUCCUAAUCUCAGCUUGUUACCUGUAUAAAAGACACCUGUCCACAGAAACAAUCAAUCAGAUUCCAAACUCUCCGCCAAGACCAAAGAGCUCUCCAAGGAUGUCAGGGACAAGAUUGUAGACCUACACAAGGCUGGAAUGGGCUACAAGACUAUCACCAAGCAGCUUGGUGAGAAGGUGACAACAGUUGGUGCGAUUAUUCGCAAAUGGAAGAAACACAAAAGAACUGUCAAUCUCCCUCGGCCUGGGGCUCCAUGUAAGAUCUCACCUCGUGGAGUUGCAAUGAUCAUGAGAACGGUGAGGAAUCAGCCCAGAACUACACGGGAGGAUCUAGUCAAUGAUCUCAAGGCAGCUGGGACCAUAGUCACCAAGAAAACAAUUGGUAACGCACUACGCCGUGAAGGACUGAAAUCCUGCAGCGUCCGCAAGGUCCCUCUGCUCAAGAAAGCACAUAUACAGGGCCGUCUGAAGUUUUGAAUGAUUUAGAGGAGAACUGGGUGAAAGUGUUGUGGUCAGAUGAGACCAAAAUCGAGUUCUUUGGCAUCAACUCAACUCGCCGUGUUUGGAGGAGGAGGAAUGCUGCCUAUGACCCCAAGAACACCAUCCCCACCGUCAAACAUGGAGGUGGAAACAUUAUGCUUUUGGGGUGUUUUUCUGCUAAGGGGACAGGACAACUUCACCGCAUCAAAGGGACGAUGGACGGGGCCAUGUACCGUCAAAUCUUGGGUGAGAACCUCCUUCCCUCAGCCAGGGCAUUGAAAAUGGGUCGUGGAUGGGUAUUCCAGCAUGACAAUGACCCAAAACACACGGCCAAGGCAACAAAGGAUUGGCUCAAGAAGAAGCACAUUAAGGUCCUGGAGUGGCCUAGCCAGUCUCCAGACCUUAUUCCCAUAGAAAAGCUGUGGAGGGAGCUGAAGGUUUGAGUUGCCAAACGUCAGCCUCGAAACCUUAAUGACUUGGAGAAGAUCUGCAAAGAGGAGUGGAACAAAAUCCCUCCUGAGAUGUGUGCAAACCUGGUGGCCAACUACAAGAAACGUCUGACCUCUGUGAUUGCCAACAAGGGUUUUGCCACCAAGUACAAGGUCAUGAUUUGCAGAGGGGUCAAAUACUUAUUUCCCUCAUUAAAAUGCAAAUCAAUUUAUAACAUUUUUGACAUGCGUUUUUCUGGAUUUUUUUGUUGUUAUUCUGUCUCUCACUGUUCAAAUAAACCUACCAUUAAAAUUAUAGACUGAUCAUGUCUUUGUCAGUGGGCAAACAUACAAAAUCAGCAGGGGAUCAAAUACUUUUUUCCCUCACUGUACUUCAUUUCUUUCCUGGAGUGCAGCCCGUCCUUAGUACUUAUCAUCCAUGCAGUAAGAGUUAGGGCCCAUUACUGUCCACAUCCACUCCUCUCCACCAGAGGCCACUGUUGGCUUCAGCGUAAAUUAUAGUCCACAGACACUAGGACGCGAAAGUCCGGCGUCUCAUUGUGACAUAGCUACGCGGCUUUCAGACCACCAUCCGCGGUGGACGCACAGCCCGAACGCGCACCUCCCCAAAAUUCCCAACCAACGUGUCUCCGGUACACAUCCUCUAUUCAUUUGAAUGUGUUGACAGUUGGAGAAAUUGCUUGAGCUGUGCUGAGAAUUCGCAAAGUAUGAAAGCCAACAGUCCAAUAUUCUAGAACACUGCUGUGCAUAUAUGUACACAUUUGGUACUCUGAUAGACCCUUUAGCCUAGUCCCAGAUCUGUUUGUGCUGUCUUGCCAACUCAUUUGGUCAUUGUCAUGCAGUGUAACAAUGACCAGGAGUUGGCAAGACCGUACAAACCAACCUGGGACUAGGCUAUGCUAACAGUGGCCUGUCUGUUCCUGACAGUGGUGUGAUGGCGUUUUGGUCAUAUCUUUGUAAUAUGUGUCUCCCUAGGAACAUCCAGCCCAGAGCGAUUCCACGGGUCUCUAAGAAACGGGAGGAAGAGAUCAGAAGGAUCCUGAGGUCCAACCUGCAGAACAACAAGCAAAAGGUAAGUUACAAUGAAUGAAUUUGCUUGAAGUUGAAUGUCUGAAGGGAAAUUAGGUUUGCCACCAGAGGAAGACAGAAAAACAGGAUAUGCACACAGGCAUACCCUCCCUGCCUCUUACACUGAGUUUCAUUGUUUUUGUGGAAAGUAUGACGUCCCUUUACCGGCUCAUGUGCAGACCGAGCUCUGUUACAGUUUCUUAGAUAUUAUCCCCAGGCAGCAAGCAACUCCAUUUUCACAUCCAGUUCCUUGUUUCCCCAGAUGCGCAGCAGAUCCUACAGCAGACACACUUUGUUUGACGCCGAUGAGGAAGACGACGUGAGCGAGGUGCGCCUACGGAAGACGAAGAUGGAGAUGGAUAGGAGGGUCAGUGUGAUGGAGAGGAGGGUAAGUGUGAUGGAGAGGGAGGGUCAGUGUUUGGAUUAGACCCCAGUCCAGUGUUCUUUCUUGACCACGGCUAUGUCUCCAACCUUGCAGAGAUUUUGCCUCAUUGCAAUAAUGAAGCGUAUUUGUGACAUUGUAACAAUAUUGUUUCUGCAGAUGAGCCAUUACCUCACUGUCCCAGCCAACCGGGAGUCACCUAGGCCUGGAGUCAGACGAGUCAGGUUUGAAUCAGGUCAGUCAGUCUAACACACCUGGGUCGUAUUCAUCAGGGCACACCGCAGCACAAUAUUGUAGAAUGUAUCAUGAAAACAAGCAUUUCUUAUUGGACUAAGUUCAGAUAUUACCUCCCUGUUUCGGCCCAUUUUCUUCUGUUUCGUCCCCUGUUGCUUCUGUCCGUCACUGAAGCUGAAACGGUUAUAAUUCGUACAAAAUGUAUAUAUCCAUAUUAUGUUGUCAUAUUCAAUAUGAAUAUAAAUAUGCAGUAGAAAGAGUUCAGAUUUGUCAAGUAAAUGUUGAUAACAGACCUGGGGCAACUAGUUUUAACUAUGCUUUGUGGAAAGUAACUUUUUUGAGGGGAACAAAUAGUUACUUCAAAUAGGAACUAUUUGAAUAUACAGAUCCCAAAAAAUGACUACUUUUUAAAACUAUUUGAAAUCCGAUCCCAAAAAAUGACAAUUAAAAAAAACUAAUAUUUUAAUACAGAUCUGAGAAAGCAACUACUUUUCUGAAACUAUUGGUUUGGCUGCCUUCAACUAAUGUUGAAGAUAGAAAUAGAAUGAAUAGAGCACACACAAUCUCCUCUACGAUUCCAAUGUAUCUGACAGUCAUAUCUGAUCUACACAAUACAUUUCUAUCUGAACAUUUUGUAAAUGUUAAUUCUCCUGAAUGUCCAUUGCCCCAGGUGUACAUAAUCAAGUCAAAAAAAAUGACUAAGAAUAUUUUGUACAGAUGGGAUAAAUAAGUUGUGAUUCUCCAUUACUGUAUGAUUCUUUCAACAUGCCACUGAAAUCUGCAAUUCAUUUUAUGAUACCUGAAAAUACUGCAGAGUAAUUCAAACAUGAUUUUCAACCUACCUUAGCUGUAUUUGAUUCAAGAGGGCAGUUUUGCGAUAUUUUGUUUCCUUUUGACACUGAAUAGCCAUAUUUUGUUAUUGUUAGCAUUCUCAGUAACACUUAACAUUAAACUGUUCUUGUGUAAUAAAACUGUAAUUACUUUUGGAGCAACAUUUAUUACCAUGUUACAUAAUACUUUGGUAAUUGCAUUUUAUUUGCAUAGCAAUGAGCUGAGUUUUUGUAACUACUGUACACGAGGAAUAGUGACUUAUUUAUUCUACUUAUGUAAUAACUCCAUUAUGAACAUAUUUGUUCGUCAUUUUGAAGCUGCAAAUGUGGUCUACUGUAAUUUGAGGUCAUUCUAUGCUAUAGGCUAUAUUAAGAUUAAUAUCUUAGAGCCCUCCAAACCAUGUGCUAUUGAUCAUAUAUUUAGACUAAUUCAACUAACUGUUGUAGUUUUUUGGUUCUUCAUCAAAUAUUUGGAAGCCACCUAAUAUUUAUUUUUGUAAUAACUUCAAAUACAUUAAAAUAUGAUUUGGUUUUCUGAGAGGUAUUCAAAAUACUUUCAAAUAUGAUUUUUUCUGAGACCUGUAUUUGAAUAUCAAAGAAACUAGUUGCCUUUUAGUUGAAAAUCUAUAUGAACUAUAUUCGACUACCUUGAGUAUUUGAAAAGUUGGUAUUUUAAAAUAAAAUACAACAAUUUUCUGUCAAGCUCUGGUUGAUAAUACUUCUUCCUACUUUCUUUCUUCAAGACAACCAGGUUUACAGUGCUGACAGUGUCCCUACUGUCCACUUUGUGCAGCCUUCCCCUCUCAGCACACCUGACGCUGUCAGCUUAGAGGAGGAGGUACCCAAGAGGCCUAGCCUGAAAGCAGACAUAGGAGAACCCAGAGGUAAUGCAUCAGACAACCACCAGGGAGAGCUGGACUACCAGAGACUAGCGCGAUGUCUGAGCGACCCCGGUCCCAAUAAAGACAAGGAGGAGGACGAUCCCUUCAUGUCCUGUUAA